CAUGGCUUCUGCUCUUGUUGUUUCUAGCAGUUCCUGGGUGGUGACAGGUUGUGAGGCUGUAUGGAAAUCGUUCUUAAAGCAGCACCACAAUUUUUUGCCCCCGAGGAGGGAGCGGGCGGCGAUUGGCGCCGCCGGAGCCACGUGCCCGCGCGUCACAUGGGCCGGGAGGAAAAAGGGCUCCUUUUUGGUGUAAAUCUGGACUCUAAUUCCGUAAUAUAUCACGGUACCUCGUAAAACCGACACUAAAACGUCCCGACCUACAAAUCACCCGGCCAAAUUAUGAGUUCAUUGUAUUAUGCGAAUGCUUUAUUUUCUAAAUAUCAAGCCGCAAGUUCGGUUUUCCCAUCCGGAGUCUUUCCCGAGCAAACUUCUUGCGCUUUCGCCUCCAAUACCCAGCGAGCGGGUUAUGGGGCCGGAUCCACGCCUCCCUUCGCCGCCUCCAUGCCCGGGCUCUACUCCAGUGGCAGCGCCGUGCACCCCCAGCCCCCCAGCAUGUAUUCCUCCGGUUACGGCCUGGAGCCCGGCUCCUUCAACAUGCACUGUUCCCCUUUUGAGCAAAACCUCUCCAUGAUGUGCCCGGGAGAUGCCUCCAAGCAGAGUUGCAGCAAAACGGACCAGAGGGACUCAGAUUUGCAAAGCGACAGUAACUUCCGUAUCUACCCUUGGAUGAGGAGCACAGGCACGGACAGAAAGCGCGGCCGCCAGACCUACACCAGGUACCAGACCCUGGAGCUGGAGAAGGAGUUCCACUACAACCGCUACCUGACAAGGAGGAGACGUAUCGAGAUCGCCCACGCCCUGUGUCUCACGGAGAGACAGAUCAAAAUCUGGUUCCAGAACAGGCGCAUGAAGUGGAAAAAAGAAAAUAAAACUGCCUGCUCUGGCUCCAAUAGCCAGGAGAAAGCAGACGCGGAGGACGACGAGGAGGAAUGAAAAGUGGAGAGAAGGGGAUGCAACAAGCGUGGAAACCCACGCAAGGAGAAAAAGGGGA